CCGAGCGGACGCCGCCACCUGAUCCCAUCCAGGCGCGGAGAGCGAGAGACCAGUACUUGGCGCGCAGGGCCCCCGGAUCCACAGCGGAUCUCGGGACAGGGGGUGGGAGGUAGCGGCGACCACCGCCAGCCCAGAGCGGCGGAGCCCGCGCUGCGCCUCUCAGAAACGCUGGCCCUGCUACCACAGCCCCAGGAGCCCCCAUGAGUGCCUGCAAAGGGAGUCCUGGAUAGCAGAGCCCUGGCUGGUCCAGGGGUGGGUACUCCAUUAUGCCACCCAUUCUCCAGCGCCUGCAGCAGGCCACCAAGAUGAUGAGCCGCAGGAAAAUCCUGCUGCUGGUGCUAGGGUGCAGCACCUUAAGCCUCCUCAUCCACCAGGGGGCACAGCUCAGCUGGUACCCCAAACUGUUCCCUCUGAGCUGCCCGCCUCUGCGGGACUCACCGCCACGCCCUAAGCACAUGACAGUGGCCUUCCUGAAGACGCACAAGACCGCGGGUACUACAGUGCAGAACAUCCUGUUCCGCUUUGCCGAGCGCCACAACCUAACGGUGGCUCUGCCUCAUCCAAGCUGCGAGCACCAGUUCUGUUACCCGCGUAACUUCUCGGCGCACUUCGUGCACCCGGCCACGCGGCCGCCUCACGUGCUGGCCAGCCACCUGCGCUUCGACCGCGCGGAGCUCGAGCGCCUCAUGCCGCCCAGCACCGUCUACGUCACCAUCCUGCGCGAGCCGGCCGCCAUGUUCGAGUCGCUCUUUAGCUACUACAACCAGUACUGCCCGGCAUUUCGGCGCGUGCCCAACGCGUCGCUCGAGGCCUUCCUGCGCGCGCCCGAGGCCUACUACCGCGCGGGCGAGCACUUCGCCAUGUUCGCGCAUAACACGCUGGCCUACGACCUGGGCGGUGACAACGAACGCAGCCCGCACGAUGACGCUGCCUACCUGGCGGGCCUCAUCCGCCAGGUGGAGGAAGUGUUCUCGCUCGUCAUGAUCGCUGAGUACUUCGACGAGUCACUUGUGCUGCUGCGGCGCCUGUUGGCCUGGGACCUGGACGACAUGCUGUACGCUAAACUCAACGCGCGCGCCGCCAGCUCGCGCCUGGCCGCCAUCCCCGUGGCGCUCGCGCGGGCUGCGCGCACCUGGAACGCGCUUGACGCGGGCCUCUACGACCACUUCAACGCCACCUUCUGGCGCCGCGUGGCGCGCGCUGGCCGCGCCUGCGUAGAGCGCGAGGCCCGCCAGCUGCGCGAAGCCCGCGAGCGCCUGCUGCGGCGCUGCUUCGGCGAGGAUCCGGUGCUUCGGCCUGCCGCGCAGAUCCGCACCAAGCAGUUGCAGCCGUGGCAGCCCAGCCGCAAAGUGGACAUCAUGGGCUACGACCUGCCCAGCGGCGGCGUCGGCCCGGCCACCGAGGCCUGCCUCAAGCUGGCCAUGCCGGAGGUGCAGUACUCAAACUAUCUGCUGCGCAAGCAGAAGCGCCGGGGUGGUGCGCGGGCCCGGCCCGAGCCGGUCCUGGACAAUCCCCCACCUCGGCCCAUUCGAGCGCUGCCCCGCAACGCCCAGGGCCACUGAGCUCCCAGUCUGGUCCGAUUCUGCCCACAAGAGGCUGGCCUGGGGCUGCCUCCAGGUCCCACCCCAUCAGGGCUCCUUCUUCCGAGGGGCUUGAGCAACUCACCGCUUGGGGGCGCAUCUCUCUAUCUGAGCCUGCCUCCCAAGAGUGGGCUUCCGAACCCCACGUUUGGGGAGCCUGCUGAUAGGCCCGAUAGAUCCCCGGGCCACCUCUUCUGCCUAACUGGUUGGUGACUUUGACAAGAGGUCCGAGGCCUGUCCAAAACUGCUCACCCUGUCUUUUUCUGGGGGUUUAGUCCCCUGUCUUUUACAAGUGGAUGAGCCCAGGCCACAGAGAGGGGCUGAGCCCUGGAAAAGGCUGCUCUGCCUGUCAGCCUCCCCAGGCUCUUGCUCUUCCUCCUAGGGGUCAGAGGCCCCCCACACUGUCUUGUCUUCCAGGUUCCACCCUCCCCACAGACUUAAGCUGCUCCCAAACUCCCAGAACCAAGAGUUCUUGGGUUGGGUUUUUUGUUUGUUUGGUUUUUCUCUUUUUUAAUAAAAUACCUUUUAA